CGCGCGGCGAGUCCACGCCACCGCGGCCAGGCGGCUCCACCCGACCUAUCUCCCCUCUCGUCCCCACUUCUCCAGAGAGCACGAAACCCCCGACCCCUUUUAAAGCCUCGGUGGUCGCCGGUCGGACGAGGCAAGUCCACAUCCAGAGCUCCGAUCGAGUCCAACAGCGUCCCAUCCGAUCCCCAGCAGGCGACAGUCAGUGGAAGCAGGCUCCCUCCCGUGUGCGGCCAUGAUCCUGGUGGCGAUCGUGGCGGAGCUGCUCGAGGAGUACACGGCGCUCGUGGCCCGGGUGCUGGAGCAGCUGCUCGCCGACGCGCCCUUCCCGCGCCGGAUGCGCUUCCUCAUGCUGCGGACUCCCCUUCGUGCCGCCGCCGCUGCUCCCGCCGCCGCCGCAGCACGCCCUCCGCGUCACCACCCGCGUGGCCUGACCAGCUUCGACCCUGGCCGGCUGCGCUUCCACCAGCUGCAGCUGCCAGCCAGCAGCAAUCACUUCAGAGCAGGCUUCCGCCCCGCCCGCCAUGGCCAAUCGCAUGCCCGUGCCGGAGGCGGCUGAUCGUCACGUAGGUUGAUCCACGGUGUAUUUCGUCCGUUUCUCGCUUCGUUUUGUCGAUUCGAUGAGCUCGCUAGCUAGCUCUCUUGGAAUUUGGAUACUAGUACACACGGUUACUGUAAAUAACACUGUCUUGGAGGAUUCA